AUUACACCAUAUGAAUUCAUAACAAUUUAUACAAGAAAUAUUCUAUUUAAUUAAGAAACAAGCAUGUCAAUUUAUAGUGGUUUUGCUCUAAGAAAGCAAGAAAGUCGCUAUAAUAAUCUUUUAAUCAAUCUUGUAGGUCUAAUAUCAGACAAGUUAUGCAGCUAUAUUUCUAAGAGUGAAAAUGAUUCUUCCUUCAAAAACAAAUUCGCUAAAAUUAUAUACUACAUGAAGUUAAUGGAAGAUCAGAAGUAUUUGCCUCCAAAGUUUACAAUUGCAACUAACAAAUUGUACGAUUUGUUGGAUAUUUAAAGUAUUUCUGUAAAUGAAUCUAUAUGCAUUUCAUAACUCGGUAACUAUGAAGAAAACGAUUAAGGGAGUAUUCAGCUCAAAAAUGAUAAUAAAAAAUCUAAAACUCCAUCACCAAUUACAAACAAGUCUAAAAGCCCAUACUAAAUGUCUCUCGUUAAGGGUUUAGGAGGAAAAGAGAAAUAAGCUUAAAAAAAUAAUAAAAAGGUUAGUUAAAUUUAAUAAAAUACUUCGAUUGAAGCUAGCAGUCCUCAAAUUCGAAAAAACUCUAGUCUAUGUGCUGAAAAUUAUCCUUAAGUUUCAUAGUUCUAAUAUAAUGAUUUACCAUUUCCUAAUCAGUAAUUUGAUCCAUAAAGAUAAUAACAAUAAUAUUUAAACACUAAUAAUUAGUAUCAACAUUAAUAUCUCCCACAUUAAUAGAAUUAAUAAUAAAUUUAAGCUUCAAACACUAACCUUUAAUAAGCUAUUUUAUAAAAUAAUUAAAAUUAUUAGCAGAUUGUACAGCCACAUCAGCAAAUAAUCUAUCCUCAUCAAAAGGGUUAAUAAAUUAUUUAAACAUAACCAGUAGUUUAUUUACAACCCUAAAUAAACAACUCUAAUUCUCAACAAGCCUUCCAACAAAAAUAAUUAUAUUUAUAAAAUUAAAACCCCUUAUAAGUUAUUUAGCAGCCAUAUUCACACUAGUAAAGUAUUUAAAAUAUAUAUUUCCCUUAAUAAUCAGAUAAUUUUAAUCAAAGCCAAGCUUAGUAUAAUAAUUAAUCUAACUAACAAUUACACAAUCAUUAAGUUUAGCAAAUAGUUUAGCCAUUAGAAUAAAUAAAGCAAAUAGAUUUAUAGCAGGAAUAAAUUCAACCAAAGAAAAAAAUAAAAAAAAUAAACAAAUAAUAAAUAAAUUCUUAAAUAAACAUAGAAAAUUAAAAUAUGUAAAAAGAAAACGACCCUUAAAUCAAUAGAUAAUAACAAAGCUUUAACAUUUAAUAUAUAACAAACAGCAAUGUAAAGAUUGUAGAUCACUCAAAAAUAUAGCUGGUCAUUGAAAAUGAUUCAACUAGUUGUGUUUAAGUAUAAGAUUUUUUGCAGAAUACUCCUAUUGAUUCUUAGGUACAAAAAUAAACUAUCAGUGUGAAUGAUCCAUAGUAUAUUCAAAAAACUAGUCCAAAUAAAGCUAUUAUAUCACAAUAAAAUAGUCCAUAGUAUAUAAAUUAAGUAGAUAACAAUAAAGAGUAAUUGCAAGAUAUUGACUUUGAAAAUAAUGAUGCAUUAUUAAAUGGAAAAUUUACAAACUAAGAUAAAAUAAUUCCUCUCAAAGAGAAGAGUUAAUUGAUUAAUUAAUCAGAAACUAUCUAAAAUCAAAGCAAAAGGUAUCUUCCUUCAGUACCUAAACUUCAAAAUCAGUAAAUAGUUUACUUGCUUUAAACUAAUAAAAAACCAGAAAACUAAAUACCAUCAACAAUAGUUGGUCCUAAGAUAUAAAACUAAUAAUAGAAUAUGCAUCAUACAAAAAGAAACAGCUAAAAUGAUUCUUUCGUUUUGGAUAAGUAAAAAAAAUUAUAGAAAACUAUAACAGAAAAAAUGAUUAACAUGACUUCCAUAUUUGAAAACGUUCAAAACUAAAAUUCAAAUCAAAAUACAAUGAAAGCAAACCAUUCUUAAAUAAAUUUUCCUGUGCAAAAUGACGACUUCUCUCUCCCUUCUAUACAACCUUUAUCUACAACUUCUAAAAAAACUACCAUUUUGACUAAAGACAUUAAAAGAGUUAAUCAGCUGAAAUCAGAUUUUCUAAUUCUAAACAAAACAAAAGAUGUGAACGAAUAUGAGGAAGAAGAAGAAACUAAUUUAAUACCUAAAAAUACUCUAAAUCACAACAAAAGAAGCCUUAGUACAAAUACUUAAUACAUAGAUGUUAAAAAUUCAGUUUACAUUUAAGAAAAAGGUCAUUUAACUUAGUUUUAAAAAAGAUAACAACUAAGAAACAACAGUAAGAACAGAAAUAAUUCAAAUAAUUUAGUAAGACACAGAAAAAGUGAAAUAAAUUCCGAUAGUGUUGAUUAAAGAGUGAGUUAAAAUAAUAUAAAGGCUUAAACAGAGUUAACAAAUUUUGAUAGUUCCAAAGAUUAACUAAGAUUUUCCUUUUCUAACAAUCCUUAGCCAACUAAAAUCCCUAAAAAAUCUACAAACUCAUAGCAGAAAACAAGAAAUAGAACAAAUAGAGAUAAAUCUGCAUCUUCUUAAAGUGAAAAUAACUAAUUAGUUGAUAACUCGUUUGUGUCUAGUGCUCCUUAUUUUGGAGAACCUUAAAAGUCAAAAACAUUUUUAAUUGAAAAAACCUAAAAUAAUAACCAAAAUUUUUGA